UCCUUCAGCCACGAGGACCCCGCGGGGGCUGCCAGAGGCAAGCGCCUGUCGCGAAGGGGCACUUACGCGGACACCCCCGGCGCGACGGCAGAAAGGAAGGACCCCCAUCAGCGCGCCCCGCAAGUGGCAGCAUGGCGGCGGCCUGAGCGCAGCGGCGCCUCUGAGGGCCCUCGUGCGGGGCGGGGCGGGGCGUUAUCCCGCGCACGACCCGAGCCCCACACAGGGCGAGCUUGGCGGGACGAUGCCCGGCUGGCGGGUGCCGGUGGUGGACGUGCAGAACGACAACUUCAAGGAGCUGUGGUCCUCCAUGCUGCUGGCCGUGCGCACCUCCAGCUUCGUGGCCGUGGACACGGAGCUGAGCGGCCUCGGGACGAGGAAGAGCCUGCUGAACCAGUGCAUCGAGGAGCGAUACAAGGCCGUGUGCAACGCCGCCAAGACGCGCUCUGUCCUCUCGCUGGGCAUCGCCUGCUUCAAGCAGCUCCCGGACAAGUCGGAGAACACCUACCUGUCGCAGAUCUACAACCUGACGCUGCUGUGCAUGGAGGACUACGUCAUCGAGCCGCAGUCGGUGCAGUUCCUGGUGCAGCACGGCUUUGACUUCAACAAGCAAUACUCGCAGGGCAUCCCUUACCACAAGGGCAACGACAAGGGCAAUGAGAACCAGAGUCAGAGCGUGCGGUCCUUCUUUCUGGAGCUGAUCCGGGCCAAGAAACCCCUGAUCCUGCACAACGGGCUCAUCGACCUGGUGUUCCUGUACCAGUGCUUCUACGCCCACCUCCCCGACAGCCUGGGCACCUUCACCGCCGACCUCUCGGAGAUGUUCCCAGCCGGCAUCUAUGACACCAAGUAUGCCUCCGAGUUCGAGACCCGCUUCGUGGCCUCCUACCUGGAGUACGCCUACAAGAAGUGCAAGCGGGAGAACAUCAAGCUGAAGGACUCGAGCAGCCAGCACCUCACGGUGGAGUUCUGCAGCUACCCCACCAGCAUGGCCCACUACAUUGACUACCGAUACUGCUCCUUGGAGGACAGCAACCACAGCGCAGCCCAGGCCAGCAAGGUCCCCGUCUGCGAGACCUUCUCGGCCUAUGGGUGGUGCCCCAAUGGGAUGAAGUGCUCCCAGUCCCACAACAUCGACCUCAUCAUCGAUGAGGACGAGCGGCUCCGGGCCGAGAAGCGGAAGAAGCGGAAGCAGAGGUGGAAGCGGCGCAAGAAUGCGGAGGAGGCCGCCAAGGCGCCUGAGCAGCCAGAGGCAGCAGAGGAGGCCCACAAGGGGGAGGACGGGCCCCCGCGGAAGCAGGGCAGAGCAGGGUCAGAUCCUGUGGGGAAGGCAUCCAGCAAGGAGGCAGAGAGCACCGUGGAUUGGACCGCAGAUGUCGGGGUGGACGACUUUGGGAGUCCCAUGGAGCAGGAGCGUACCACGCAACCAACCGCCGGAGGGAGCGCCUGCCACGACGAGCAAGGGGAGAGCGCAGCGGAGCCAGGCGCCUUGCCACCCCAAGACUGCUCCCUGGACACUGCUGCUGGCUCCCCUGGUGGGAAGCCUCCGGAGGCCGAGGCCUCACCCGCGUAUGGGGGCAUUCACCGCGCUGGCUUCGACGCCUUCAUGACUGGCUACAUCAUGGCCUAUGUCUGGAUGCUCAAGAAAGGGACAGCUGGUGAGUCAGGGCCGUGGCUGCCGGACUGUCACAACAAGCUGUACCUCAGCGGGAAGUCGGUGCCGCUGCAGAUCGUGAAGAGCUUGUUCUCCAAGUCCUCCAAAGCUCACUGCCAGAAGAUGAAGCUGGCCUGGGCCAGUGGCUAGCACGGGGGGAGGUUAGCGCUUUCAUUUUCCCUCCAGAAGUUUGAGGCUUUGACUCCAUGAACAACUUGUGGGGUGGGGUGGGGGGAGGGACUGUCCUGUUCUUGUUUAAUGCCAGGACAAUUAAAUUGCUCUUCCCCCAAAGCCCCACGUUUGUCCUUUGGGGCACUACAUGAUCUGCGCCAGCCUUGGCCGAGCUCAAGCAUGGAGCUUUUGGGGGCCAGGGCCUGUGUUCAGCCUGCACCUGGACUUUCACCCGUGGUGAUAUGAGGCUGCUCCCUGCCAAGGAAGCGGCCGAGGUAAGAGUCCGCUGGGGUGGCAGGAGCAGUUUGCCCCAGCCUGGUUCUUUGGAGAACUCUCACAGGCUCCUGAGGCCAAGGCAAGAGCUUUAGGAAGGCUGGAGGUGGAGGGGGGCCUGCCUGGGACUGGGGAUCACUGCUGCCCCCUUUUCCACUGGCCCCUGCUCUGAGGAAGGGCCCCCAGGACCAAGGGAAAGGGGGUGGCUGCUUCAGCCAGGAGUUGGGCCCGCCCUGCUCCCAGCUGCCCAAGUGCCCUUCCCUGGGGAGCGCAUGGGAAUGCAGGCAGGUAGCAGUGGUGCUCUCGGGGCACUCUGGGAAGUGCCAGGCAGGGCCCCAGCAGCUACUGACCGUGCUGGCACCUAGCUGCUGUGCCAGGAAACCCUAGGGCUGGUAACCAGCUGCUUGGGCUCUGACCUCAGGGGAGGGGGAACUCUGGCACUGUACAGGUAUUGAACCACUCUGUGCACAUCUGGCUGAAGGCAGAGCUGGAGUCGGGUCCCCCUGAACACAGACUGGCCCAACCAGCACCUCCAUGAAGUGCAGCAGCUGAGGGAACAAAGCAGGCAGGAAGACCUGUGCCCAUGUGAACAAACCCAGGUACCAGAGGAAGGGCCCCUAGGAAAGCAGGGUGACAAAUGGGCUCAGCUGCCACCAAGCUACAGGUAGUUCAUAGAAUCCUAGACCAUGAGGGCGGGAAGGGAGCUCAGGAGUCUCAUCUAGUCCAACCCGUGCUCCAAGCAGGGCCAGCCCCAACUGCAUUGUCUAGCCAGGGCUUAAAACACCUCCAAGGAUGGAGACCACCACCUCUCUGGGGAACCUGCUCCAGUGCUUCACCCUCGAGGUGAGAGAGUAUUUCCCAAUAUCCAACCUCAACUUCCCUUGCUGCAGCCUGAGCCCAUUACUCCUUGUCCUGCCAUCUGCCCCCACUGAGAGCAGUCCAGCUCCGUUUCUUUGCAGCCCCCCUGCAGGGCGGUGAAGGCUGCUAUUCAAUCCCCCUCGCUCUUCUCUAGACUGAAUCAGCCCAUUUCUCUCAGCCUCUCCUCACCAGUCCUGUCCCUCAGCCCCACAACCAUUUUCGUUGCCCUCCACUAGACUCCCCCAUGUGUCCAGCCAGUACCAGUGCAUGGCAUUGCUGUGGCCCAAAUGCAGGAUUUUGCACCUCUCCUUACUGAACCUAGUUAAAUACAGCGAGACUUAAGCUAGUCUCUUGGGGGCCACCCCACCCUGCCUUCCCACUGUAAUGAGCUGAGCUGUGAGCUCACUUCCUGCUGUGAAGCAGCCAGGGCCACGUAGCUUCCCACUCCUAAACACCAAAGUGUCUGUGUUUGCAGUCCAUGCUCAGCCAGGCUCAGAGGGCAGCCUCGGCUCUCCCGUACUUGCUGGUACAGCAGGGCAGCCUGUAUUCAGGAAGCCGCACAAGUCGGUCGUGCAGAGGCAGCCAAGCCCUUCAAAGGCCUCAGCACUUCAAAGACAAAUGCAAGGUGAAAUGUGCUUGUUCUUGGACCGUAAACACCAGUGAAGAGGAGUUGGGGAUGGUGGAGGGAAGAGCUGCUUUCACCUGGACAGGAGCCGGCGCUUGGUUUUCUUUUUAUUUUAAAAGCGAGUUGGGAAACAGUUUACAAAAAACUGACCAAGAAAAAAAAAUUAUGAAAAUAUUUUGCUGGCUUCAUCUUUGGUUACUUCUUACUGCGAUUCCAACAACACAGACUUCCGCGCCCGAGCGGGAGAGCAAUCGACAUUAAAAACAGGAUUUGCUUUC